CAGCCCCCCCUUUCUCUAGUCGAGGUGCAUUGUGGGGAGGAAAGUCGUUGCCAUUCGACCUCUGCGGGGCCUGCGCGGACGCAGCGAGAACCCUGAAAUUCAUUAUGCGUUUAAAGGCUUUAUUUAUUUCCGCAUAACCUACAUACUCUCACCGGUAGGGCCAAGCGGGGAAACUGUACGACGACGGUCCAUCUCUGUCGGAAGAUACAUCGUUUAUAACUAUACUGUUUUUGUCGGAGAGGAGUCCCGUUGAGAAAGUGAAGAUUCUAAUAUAUAUUCAGGAAAAUGUCCGGUGAGAGAAACCGCAGGUCGUUGGCUUUCCGAGGAGGCGGAUUAGCUGGGUUAACAGCUUCCAGUGGUGUCGGUGGGGGGAAUUGUAAUAACUGGGAGGCCCCGGCCUGUCAAGACCGACAUUUUAACGGGAAUAGGCUGGAUCCAGAGGAGGACCGGGAUUUGGGGGCCAGUGGACCGUCUCAGAAGAGAGCGGAGGGCGCUGGGUUUGUCAGCGAUAGCAUGGAACCCGAGGAAGAAGAGGACCCGGAAGGGAGCAGCUGGCCAGCCGGGGCCAGUGAGGACCGUGCCGACUCGGUCGACGAAGAGAACGGGUCCAGGGAAGGGAGUAGCUGGACACCGGGGGAAAGUCCCACCAACAACGGCGGCGUCCAGGGGCUCGGGAGCGUUGCGAAGGGAGACGAGACAGGUUCCAGGAAAUCGGGGGUAGAGAUGAAACCGCAGAUGCUGCUUCAGAAACCUUCACUAUUUCAUGCUUCGUGGCUGCACGAAUUCCCAUGGCUUAAAUUUUGCCAGGAGACGGGGCUUAUGUCCUGUUCUUGGUGUCACAACAUUGCCACUAAAAACAACGACGAGCUUGUCAAAGGCACUCGCAACUAUAAACGGGCCUUGCUGCUGAGACAUCACCUGUCUUCCGAGCACGGGAGAAAUGACCCCACCAGACAGGAGACCGCGAGGCCAUCAGACAACACCUGCCUCUCCACUAACUGCUCAGAAGACUAUCGCAACAAGCCCAACGAAAACUCCUACUGCUACCAGCUUCUACAGGAGUUGGACAAGCAACGGAAAAGCGGCAUUCUCUGUGAUGUGAACAUAGUUGUCUCAGGCCAGGUGUUCCGUGCACACAAGAACAUCCUGGUAGCAGGUAGCGGCUACUUCAAAACCCUCUACUGUCUAACUAAGAGCGAGGCCCAGGAUCAAGCCACUGUAACACACCUUGAUGUUGCUGCUGUGCAAGGUUUCUCAGUUAUCCUCGACUUUCUUUACUCCGGGAAUUUGCUGCUCACAAGCCAAAAUGCCAUCGAAGUGAUGUCUGUUGCUAGUUACCUCCAAAUGACGGAUGUCGUACAGUCAUGUAGGGCUUUCAUUAACGAUGCUUUGAAUAUCAGCAUUAAGCAGGAGGCGCCUGAUACGGUGGUGGUGGAUUACAACAAGAGGCAAACGGUGGCCAAAGAGAGACAUAAAGGGCUGGACCGGAAACCGAUCAACUUCUGGGCUACGAGCAUCCUGUCAAAGCUAUCCAUCAAGGCCAGCAGCAAUCAGGGAAUGGAAGAGAAUGAAGAAAAUGGCACGGUGAAGGAAGAGACCAGUGACGUAGAGGUGGGGAUGGCUAGUGGCGAGGGCUGUGCCCUGGUGACCCACGGAGCCUCUGGGAACUGGACCCACCACUACAACAACUGGUUUGAUUCAGCAGAGACCAAUGAAACUCGGGCUGCGAGUGGCCAGUCGCAGGUUUUCGUCUGGAACGAACCAGCCACAGCCGCUGCCGCAGCAAUAAAGCGGGAGGCACCGGAUGCUGCAGCUGGAAGUGGGCGAAGAAAAAAGCAGACCACUACACGGCGUUUUGUGUACAACUUCCCACCAGAGCCAGAAGAAGGAUUUGAUGAAGGGAUGUUCAUCCAGCCGUCAGCGUCUCUUCUCAGUGAGGACUUCUCGUCCCUCUCAGAAAACGCUGAACUGGCCAAUAAGAUCCAGUAUAGCAUCAUCCAAGACUUCAAGCAAGAGUCCUGGGAAAAUGGUGAGUCGUCGCAUUUAACCCUCAAUAAGCUAAAGUGCCCCCAGUGUAACUACAUUGCCAAGCACCGGCGCACGCUCAAGAGACACCUGAUCAUCCACUCAGGAGUGCGUUCCUUCAGCUGUGACAUCUGUGGGAAGCUGUUCACUCGCCGCGAGCACGUAAAGAGACAUUCCUUGGUUCACAAGAAAGACAAGAAAUACAAGUGCAUGGUCUGCAAGAAGAUCUUCAUGCUGGCCGCCAGCGUCGGCAUCCGCCACGGCUCGCGGCGCUACGGCGUGUGUGCGGACUGCGCCGACUCUCACCAGGUCACUCAGGUGGGCCUGGAGGGCAUGGAGUUUCCUCGCGACGAAGACUUCGACGGCGAGGAAGGGGAGGACAUAGAGGGCGAGGAGCCCACAGAAAACGACCAAUCAAACUGCGGCGAGGGCACCGCAGCCUCAGAGACUGAAGAGUUGAGACAAGCUUGAGAAACAAAAGGUUGAUGUUUAAUAUAAAUGUACACACACACACAAAAACUGGCUGGUAAACAAUCAACUCCAAAGUGCUAUCAAACCUCAAGGUUACUUAAUAGUGCGAGUAAAUGACCGAAUAUUUGUUGUUUUUUUGUUUUAACGCUUCGUUAGAGCGGCGAUUUCAAGAUGUACAGGUUUUAUUCUUAAAACAUGUCCAGCUCUGAGUCCAGUGCCCACAAGCAAGCGAGUCUAGUGACGAUGAAUCAGGUUUGGUGAUGUAUUUUUAUUUUUUUGUUGUUUUUCGGGCAUGGGUCGGGCUGGGUGAUGUAAUAUUUGAGUUGAGGUAGGCCAAUCAUCGAAAAAGAACUGUUAAUUAUUUAAUUUAUGAAGAGAGGUUAUUAUGGUCUUAUCAGAUGCUAUAAUUUGUGUUUGUGUUUUGGAGCGGAGGCGUAGUAAACGCUGUUGCUUUCUGUCUGAGAUGUGUUGCGUAGUGCUUGUAGAAGUACACAGAAGAAGAGCAGUUUUUGUCUCUGUAAAUCCUGUUUAGACCUACUAAAUAGAUUCUGUUUUUGUUUUCUUUUUAAUUUUAUUUCCACGCACAAAUCUUGGAACCAAAUAAUCUGUUUUGUGACUCUAAUAUAUGACAGCCGUAUUUAUGAUUAAUUUAAGAGGGCUGUGAUAUGAAAACCAAACAGACCGCACACCAAGAUUGAGCAGGAAAUGCAAAACUACUGAGUAACGCUUAAAACCAGAAGAGCGGGGAUGCUUGGGUCGGGAUAAAAGGUUGAUUUAAAAAAAAAAAAGAGAAAAAAAGAAGAGGGGAAAUGUUAUUGCUAGCUUUAUACAAAUCACAGCGUCACAGUAACACUUUAUUAUAAAACAAGAGCAUUUGACUUUCACUUAAAGCUUGAAUUUUGCCAAAUGAUGAAACGUUUGGUGCUGUAAUGCUUGUUGCAUAAUACUGGACCUACAGGCUAUAUAUGAUGUUUAUAAUCAUAAAGCUUAAACUGACUCGGUUAUGCAUAUGUAAUCAGCUUAAUCUAUAGAACACUGUUGUGCUUCGGCGACUAUCAGGUAUGCUUUGCCAUUGUUUUUAUUUAAUGCACACUUACUAAAAACAUACCAUUUUUUUCAGCAGUUUUCGGGGACCUACGUUGACACAAACACCUGUAUGUUUAUAUUUGGUACUGAGGUUUAAAGUCAAUAUAUAUAUAAAUAUAUAUAUAUUUUGAAUCACUUGAACGUUGGUUGUGAGGUGGGGGUCGCUUAUGUGCAAAAAUCAUGACAUUUUAAGUCUGAAAAAAAAACUCCAUUUUCCAUUUGUAAACCAUUUAAAGAUUUUUUUUUUUUUUUUAAAUAGGUCUGCCAGGUAGAAAACACUUUGUUCCACAAAAAGUGAAGCUCUAUGGCGCCUCAUAGACAUGCACUUACGUUUAUGAAAGAAAGUUUUUUUUGUGUGUUUUUCCCCCCAAAGCGGGUAGGAAUGGAACUAUCAAAAAUAAAAAAAAUAAAAACUUGUCUUUCUUCCAAAUGCUCAACUUUUUUUUAAAUGUUUUUUGCUAUUUAAUAUUAUAUAUAUAUAUAAAUAUAUUUACUCCAAAAUGCAAUCAAGACUGUUAAUUUCUAUUUGUCCAACCAAAUUGUCAUUUUUAAUUAUUGUUCAAAUAUAAUGUAUGAGAAAAAGCCAGGUGAAUUCUUGCUUAGUGUAGAAAAUCCUUGCUUGUGUCUGUAACUGUUGAGAUUUUUAAAAUGUUUUUAUGCUACAAAAUUAUUCACUUUACUUGUUUUUUUUUUUAAUUUUAUUGUCUUUUCCACUGAUGUUUCCUUUCUCCUUUUGUUUCCUGAAGCACAUAUUUUCUAAAGAGACGCAGAUUGUUUUGCGGGUUAAAACCUUGGAACAGCAGUAUCUGUUCAUAUGCAGUGGAAUAUAUACGAGUAUGUACUGAAAUGAUACCUAAGAUGUGUAACUUCCUUUUUACACUCAGUGGAAGAAGCUACGUUCUUGUUCACCCUCUGUUUAUUUUGGUCACUUUUACCUUCAAGUCACUGUGGGUAGGGUUAUAGUGCUGAUAAAUAUGAGAAUAUAUGAGAUAUAUAUACAUAUAUAUAUAUAUAUGAAGAAUAUAUUAUUUAACUAGUGGAACACAUGGAGAGUCGGCUACCAUCCACCUGAUGCUGUGGCGGCUCACUUUAAUCUUCCUCCGUUCACGCUGUGUUCAUCUCACCUUCAUCCUGUCAUGUUUGUUCUUUUGAUACCAACCUACUGAUUUAACUGUAACGAAUGAAACUCAAAAAACUGAUGUAUCAUUUUAGAUUUUAUGCUGUAUUUGUUAUAUGGAAAACCAGAAAAAACAAACAAACACUAGAGAUGUAAAAGCAGAGGUUUUUUUUCCCCCAGCUGUAUUUUUUUAUGCUGUUGCUAAAAGGUUGUAUUUUUCAAUUUCACUCGAAUUUUAACAGUGAUGCAAAACUCGGGCAGCGCCUCAGUGCCCUCCGAACACAAAGCAAAUUCAGGUUACUCUUUUUACGUUUUUAUCAAAGGUGGAACUACAUUCUCCUUUUUUCUGUCUGAAUUGUACUACUGUUCCUCUCUAUACUACAUUUUACGAAUAAAACUUUGAUAAUGCUUUCA